AUGGACGACCAUGUCGACGCCGCCCCUACUGCCACUCCUGACGUUCAAUGGUGGUGCCUUGAUGUCAUUGUUCUCCAAUGGAUCCACAACUCCAUCUCCGCGGAUGUCCUGGAGACCGUCAUGCCCAACAAGGAAGACCCCACUGCCGCCGAUGUUUGGGCCGCCAUCGACUCCCUGUUCCGCAAUAACAUGGAGAGUCGCGCGCUGUACCUUGAGGUGGAAUUCAAGAAUUUCGUCCAAGGGGACAUGACGAUCAGCUACUACUGCCAAAAGAUGAAAACCAUGGCAGAUGCUCUUGCUGACGUCGGCCAGCCUGUCACCGACAAGGCGCUUGUUCUCAAUCUCUUGCUAGGUUUGAACGAGCAGUUCGCUCAUCUUUGGCCUAUUUUUGGCAUGCAGAGCCCCUACCCUACAUUCAUUAACGUGCGCACGACACUACUGCUUGAGGAAAUCCAGAAGAACGCCGACACCUCCCGAGCCACGAUGCUCAUCUCCGGGCACCUCCGCGCACAAGGGCUCGGGACAGAGCAGCCAGGGCAACUCUGGCACGCCCGGUGCACCGCAAGCGUCCCAGCGCGCCCCAUCCUCCGCCGCCUCUUCGGCAGCACCUCCAACAACCGCCGAAACUCCAACAACAAUCAACGCAACAGCGAAAACCGCAGCGGGUACGGCAACAACGCCGGCCAGUGUGAUGGUGGCAACCGCGACAGUGGUAAUCGCGGCGCCCCUCCGCAAUGGCCGACGAUGUACAACCCAUGGACGAGCUCUUUUCAAGUUUGGUCCGGUGCCGCUCCAGGGCAGCCCGGCCAGGGCCUUCUCAGACCGUGCCCUCCCAUGCAGAUGCGCCAACAGGCUCUCGCCAUGCAGCACGUCGUGCCUCCACUGCCACCUAUGCCUGUUCCACAGCCCGGUGUUGUGCCUGGUUGGAGCACGUGA